AUGUCCCAUGCCUCAUCCUAUCAUCCCGCCCUCCCCGCUGUUUCUCUUCUCUCUCGUCCCUCUUCCCUCCAGCAUCCCAGGGGACAACCAGCCAGUGGAGUUUCAGAACUGGCGCACCUCGCUGCCGUCAGUGGUGGUGCACGCUGUAGUCUUCCUCGCCCUCAUCCUGCUCUCCAACUGGCUCUUCCCUUCCUUCCUACAGGGGUAGAGGAGAGGGGGAGUGUUUGGGGAGGAGGGGAGGAGGUGGAAGAGGAGGUGGAAGAGGAGGAGGAGGAGGAGGAGGAGGAGGAGGAGGAGGAGGAGGAGGAGGAGGAGGAGGAGGAGGAGGAGGAGGAGGAGGAGGAGGAGGAGGAUCCCCGAGAUGUCUCAACCUUCAAUUCGACCCCACUACCACUAGCAACACGCAACCCUUCUCUACUCCCUCUGCCCUCCUCCAUCGCCCCACCACCAUUGACCACGGAGGAUUCUCGAACCUCCUCAAUUGACGGCCCGGCACUAUUGAACCCACGCGCUUCCUCCCCUCCCCCUUUCUCUCUGCCUCUGUUCCCUUCAAUAACAUCACAUCCGUUUCCUUCCCUCAUGCUCUGA